AUGUCAGCCAUAUUAAACUCUCGUAUUUGCAGAGAACCAUUUAAAAGACUUAUUGUCAAGCCUGAAGAAACAAUUAAGUUUUUUAAAAACGGGCAGUCAGUCGGAUGGAGCGGAUUCACUCCUUCGGGCUACCCCAAAGCCGUUCCUAUCGCUUUAGCAAACCAUGUUAAAGAAAAUAAUCUCCAAGGUAAACUGAGAUUUAAACUACUUUCUGGAGCGAGCGUUGGUUCGGAAACUGCAGAUAUUUGGGCUGAACUUAAUAUGAUAGAAUCUUAUAUGCCUUAUCAGUCCGGUAAAAAUCUUAACAAAGCCAUCAAUAAAGGGCUUAUAGCUUUUCAAGAUAUUCAUUUAUCCAACUUUCCGGAUGCUCUGAUCAACGGGCAUUAUAAAUCUAAUAUAGACAUCGCCAUUAUUGAAGCCACAGAGAUCACUAAGGAAGGGGGAAUUAUUCUUGGAGCUGCUGGCGGAGUAGCGCAGGAAGUCUGCGAUCUCGCUGAAAAAGUGAUAAUAGAAGUUAAUACUUCCAUUCCUUCUUAUAGAGGAGUGCAUGAUAUUGUUCAAAAUCCAGCUCCGCCCUCCCGCUUUCCAUUUUUGAUUACUCGAGUCGAUGAUCGAAUCGGAAAACCACAUGUUGUUGUUGAUCCCGAAAAAAUUAUUGCAAUUGUUGAAAGCACCCAUUACGAUAAUGGACGCCCUUUGUCCGAACCGAAUGACUCUAGCUUAAAAAUUGCUGAGCAUAUUAUUAACUUUCUGGAAGAAGAAGUUUCUAUGAAGCGUUUACCUCAAAAUCUCUUAUCUUUGCAGUCAGGAGUUGGAAAUAUUGCGAACGCCGUGAUAUCCGGGUUGGCCAGUAGCAGAUUUGAGAACGUGACCAUGUGGACGGAAGUUCUGCAGGAUACAGUGUUAAACUGGUUUGACACAGGAAAGCUGAGAUUUGCGUCCACCACUGCCGUUUCCCUUUCCGUUCCCGGCUUUCAAAGAUUUUAUAAGAAUUGGGACCACUACGCACCAAAAAUUAUAAUACGACCGCAAUUUAUUUCUAACCAUCCAGAAAACAUCCGCCGACUUGGCGUCAUUGCGAUGAACACACCAAUAGAAAUUGAUAUAUACGGCCAUGUGAACUCUUCCCAUGUGAUGGGAUCACGAGUCAUCAACGGUAUUGGCGGAAGCGGCGAUUUUCUACGGAAUUCUUUUCUCUCUAUUACGCAUACGCCGUCUAUCCGACCCACGCCUUCCGAUCCAACCGGCAUCUCCUGCUUUGUGCCUUUUUGCUCGCAUAUCGAUCAUACCGAGCACGAUGUGCUUAUUUACGUUUCAGAACAGGGCUUAGCUGACUGUCGCAGACUCGAUCCGCGGGCACGUGCACGUGCCAUCAUUACUAACUGCUCCCACCCGGAUUAUAAAGAACAACUUUUGAGUUAUCUUGAAAUGGCCGAGUCUGAAUGCGAGCGGACGGGCUCCAUGCACCAGCCGCACAUGUUACGCAAAGCUUUUUUAAUGCAUCAAAAUUUUUUAGAAAAAGGAACCAUGAAGUUGUCCACGUGGAACUGAAAUAUCCUCUGCAAAUCAAUUUUUUUAUUUGUC